AUGACUUCUUCUUCAAUGGACUUACUCUUCGCUCUGCUCCUUCUAACCUCUCCGGUGGCUCUAGUCAAGGCUUCUCCCUCAGUCCCUGCGAUAUUUACCUUCGGCGACUCCAUCUUCGACGUCGGAAACAAUCAUUUCAUCAAAAACUGCACCGCUCAGGCUGAUUUUCCUCCUUACGGCUCUUCAUUCUUCCACCGGCCUACCGGGAGGUUCACUAAUGGAAGAUUAGUCAAUGACUUCAUCUCUCAAUUUAUUGGCCUUCCGUUACAGAAACCGUUCUUGGAACUGCAGAUUCAAAUCUUGAACGGAACUUUAAAACAAUUCCCUUCAAAUGGGAUUAACUUUGCAAGUGGUGGUAGUGGUCUCUUGCGUGAUACCAACAAAAACAUGUUCGUGACACCGAUCCAAACCCAGCUUCAGCAAUUCCAAACACUAGUAGAGCAAAACCAAAUCGAAAAAUCCAUAAUCCAAGAAUCUCUCUUCUUAUUAGAAUCCGGUUCCAACGACAUUUUCAGUUACUUCCUUCCAUUCAAAAUCCAAACACUCUCUCCUGACGACUACGUGAACGCAAUGCUAACCGAAGUAAACAAAACGAUUGAUCAAAUCUACAAACUCGGCGCACGUCGCAUCGCUUUCUUCUCUUUAGGUCCUGUGGGAUGUGUCCCUGCAAGAGCCUUGCUUCCUAACGCACCAACCGAUAAAUGCUUCGAAGAGAUGAAUGUUAUGGCCAAGAAAUAUAACACAAGACUUGAAGAUAUAGUUAACAUAAUCCCCACUAAGUACCCUGGAGCCAUCGCUGUGUUUGGAGCUGUUUAUGGUAUCACUCGCAGAUUCCAAACCUUCCCUGCUCGUUACGGGUUUUCGGAUGUGUCGAACGCGUGUUGCGGUGGAGGAACAUUGGGAGGAUUGGUGCAGUGUGGAAGAGAAGGUUACAAGCUUUGCAAUAACCCAAACGAGUUUCUGUUUUGGGAUUUUUACCAUCCCACGGAACGCACUUACCAUCUCAUGUCAAAAGCUUUGUGGAACGGUAGCAAAAACCAUAUUAGACCCUUUAAUCUCAUGGCUCUUGCCACCACCAACUUCACAUUUUAA